AUGGGUUACGUGCCCGAUGGACGAGUCCUGGGGCUGUCGAAGCUCGCCCGGAUUGCCGAGGUCUACUCGCGCCGGCUCCAGGUCCAAGAGCGAUUGACGCAGGAGAUUGCCGAUGCCAUCAACCGCGUCCUGGCUCCGACGGGGGUGGUGGUUCUGAUCGAAUCGACGCACCUGUGCAUGUCCAUGCGAGGCGUUCAGAAAUCGGGGGCCACCACCAUCACCUCGUGUAUGACCGGUGUCCUGGAGCAUGAUCCAAAGCUUCGAAACCACGCGGAGUUCCUCCUGAGAAUCAGAUAG